AUGAAGUACCAUAUCUUCCUGGGAUUAUUCGCGGUAGCGGCCGCUUACCCUGGCCUCAUUCACGAGGAGGCCCCGCAGCUCGAUCACCAUGCAUUAAUCGGCGAAACGGGACACCAUCACCAGAUCCAACACGAACACGCCAAGUCGCACCAGUCUAUCAAAUUUGAACAUUUCCAUCCCGUCCCCGUGUACAUCAAGAAGGAGCACAGCCAUCUUCUGCACCACCCUCUCGAGAAGGGCCAAAGCGAGUCAAACUUAAAACAGAUUCACCCUGAAACCCAACAAGCUCAUGGUUACGGGCUAGUUCUGGAAGACCACAGACUGAAUACUGACCACCUCUCCGCUAACCUUGGACAUGGAGACUACUCUGCUGGUCUAGAGCAUGGAGGUAUCCAGCAUGGAGGUUUCGAGCAUGGAGGUCUCGACCAUGGAUCUCUUUCCCAAGGGCUACAACAUGGAGGCUAUGAACAGUUCGCAGGAGGUUACGAGAGCAGCGAAGGUCUAAAAGCUUAUGCUGAAGCUCAACCUGAGUUGGGACAAUAUGGAGGUCAUAUACAGGUCUCGGGAGGCAGUGAAGAGAACAACGGAUACGGUCACUAUCAAUAA